AUGACGGGUGGCCCGACCUCGUCGGCACCUCCCAUCCCUCCAGCCAACCUCCCCACCGGACACCCCCUGUGUCGCCCCACCACGGCGCCGGUGCAGAUCCGCGCGAGGCCACCGACGACCACCUGUUCACCAGCAAGGGACACCCCAUCCACCACUGCCAAGCACCAAGGAUGCUCACCAGGGAGUCAACCCGCGCCGCUCGCCGCCGUCCAACCGCCGGAACCAACUAGAGUCCGGCCAGCACGCCUACCAGCCCGCCUCUGCUGCGCCUCCACCACCACCAGCCAGGGCCAUGGCAGGGGUGGACGCCCGCAGCCCGCGCGGCCCGCGGCCCGCGCCGCCUGCGCCAGAUCUGACUGCGCCGGCGCAGCAGCCACCUCUGAGCCCCAGGCGCGCCCGACCACCAAGCUGCCUGUCGCGCAGCAGCGGAGACGCAGGGACGCCGCGCCCGUUCGCUGCUCCGCCGUGACGCCCAACACCGCGACACGCUCCGGCCCGGUGCGCCGGCCCGCGCCGGCCCAUCACGAGCGGGAAGACCAAGAGGCCUCGCCGCUGCCGGCAACGGCUGGGCUUUGCCCGGUCGCGCCCUCAGGCGGCGGCGAGGGAGGAGGACGAAGGGAUGGAGAUUCUUUUUUACUUAUAUUUGCUGUAGCAAAUGAAUUCAGUAGAGCUUUGAAUCUGUUAACAAGAGGUGAUAAGACAAAGUCCUGA